AGAGAGAAAGAGAGAGAGAGAUCCAUCCCCCCUCUUGGAUGGUUAGGUGCCUCAGUCUGAAGCCCGCGGAUGAAGCUGGUGUUUACGCAGCGCUCUCACCGUCUCACCGGUGGAUGUAAAUAUCAGUUUAUAGACAGCAGAACGCACAGUCUGAUUCAUGUGCAUCGCCAAAGGAACCACUGGAGAGUCGCUCCGCUCCAGACUGCAGGGGGAUGCAUGGCGUUAUUAACCAUCCCCGAAAUCAUUCAAGGAUCCUCAGACAUUGAUAUCUUCAUAUGCACGUGAACCAUCUGCAUCUGAAAGGCUUUCAGCGGGCGGACACACACACUGCGCUGUGCGUCUUAACGCAGGACUGCUCUUUUGGACCCGUGCCACGGUUGUCUGUCUCCGUCCGAUCACCCAACCACACCUACCCGUUAUAUCCUCGCCGAAUUACAGCAUUGGCGCCCGCACACCGGAUCCCGACAGAUCCCGUCGCGAAAGGGACAUUGUGUCUGCGUGAGCGGGUAGAAGAACGCGGAUCCACUGCGCUAUAAACGCCCGGUGCGCACCGGACCCGCUCAAAGACGCCCGUGUCGGACCGAUAUGUCAGCCCGGUGCCUGUGAUCGCUUGGGAGGAAAGGCAGGUGAAAUUAUCAGCUUUGUCCCGCAUCCUGCGCCAAGAAGGAACGCAUCACCUUGAGGAUUUAAACGCACCGACAUCCAACUUACUAGAGAUAAAGAAGGUGAGAGGAGGAGAGAAUACAAUGAGAUACUCCGAGAAGGCUACAGAUACUGAGCUCUCCUGCCCCCCGACAGCGAUCCCAUUCCAGCAGCCGUGAAAAGAGCGUCCAGACCCAGCUACACACUCGCCAUACCAAGCAGUUCUGUCCUGCGAAACCGCCCCGGGAGAGGAGGAGAGCUGGAGAGAGGUGAAGGGCUCUGGUGUGUCGCUGCCAUGGCGACCCUGACCCCCUGCUUCUUACGGAUCUUUGCUGUUCUCCAAUUGGCCGCCUGCUCGUUUCCAGAGGAACCUGGCCCUUUAAUCUCCGCCCCUGCUGAGGUGGUGAGGCGAUAUCCGGUGUUUGUGGGACGAGCGCAUCGCUCUUACACCCGUCAGGAGCCGCUGUAUAUUCAGACUGUCCUGAAAGUCAACCGUACACUCUAUAUCGGAGCCAGAGAUGACCUUUAUCGAGUGGAACUGGACCAUGUAUCUGGAGAUGAAAUGUUCUACAGCAAGAAAAGGACAUGGGAAUCCAAUAAGAAUGACAUCCGCAUCUGUCGAAUGAAGGGCAAACACGAGGAGGAGUGUCGUAAUUAUAUUAAGGUGCUGUUGAGCCAUGAUGGAGGGCUGUUUGUGUGUGGUACAAACGCUUUCAACCCGCUGUGUGCCAAUUACACGAGAGACACUCUGGAAUUGGUCGGCGAGCCCAUCAGUGGAAUGGCCCGAUGUCCUUACGACCCCAAACACGCUAAUGUGGCUCUGUUUGCAGAAGGCAGCUUGUUUACGGGGACAGUGACUGACUUCCUGGCCAUCGAUGCUGUCAUUUACCGCAGUUUGGGAGAGAGUCCGGCUCUGCGCACAAUCAAGCAUGAUUCCAAAUGGUUCAGAGAGCCUUAUUUUGUGAGCGCUGUCGAAUGGGGGCCUCAUAUCUACUUCUUCUUCAGGGAGAUGGCCAUGGAGUUUAACUACCUGGAGAAGGUGAUGGUGUCUCGCGUGGCACGUGUGUGUAAAGGUGAUUUGGGCGGCUCUCAGCGGGUGUUGGAGCGCCAGUGGACGUCGUUUCUGAAAGCGCGUCUGAACUGCUCAAUCCCGGGAGACUCGCACUUCUACUUCAACCUGCUGCAGUCCACCAGCCCCAUCAUACGCAUGCAGGGCAGGGACGUCAUCCUGGGGGUCUUCUCAACACCCUCCAACAGCAUCCCCGGCUCGGCGGUGUGUGCGUUUGACAUGCAGCAGCUGGCACGUGUGUUUGAGGGCAGAUUCAAGGAGCAGAAAUCACCAGAAUCCAUAUGGACACCUGUACCUGAUGAACUAGUACCUAAACCCAGGCCUGGAGGUUGUGCUGUCCAGGGAUCGAGAUUCAGCUCCUCCAACACCCUUCCCGAUGAAGUGCUGAAUUUCAUCAAAACUCAUCCUCUGAUGGACGAAGCAGUUCCUUUGCUUGGACACAGACCCUGGAUAGUCAAGACUAUGGUCCGGUACCAGUUGAACACUAUGGUGGUGGACACUGAGGCAGGCCCACACCGCAAUCGGACCGUGGUCUUCCUCGGAUCCACCAGGGGAACCGUCCUCAAGUUCCUCAUCACACCCAGCCCGGAGAACCCGUACUCCAACACCAAUACCUUUCUGGAAGAGCUGGAGGGCUACAACCCAGAAAGGUGCGGCGAUGACUCUGUGCAGGCGAGGCAGCCUCUUUCUCUCACCCUGGACAAACCCAGUCACACACUCCUGCUGGCCUUCCACUCCUGCGUGGUGAGAGUGCCUGUCGCACGCUGCCAACUGCACUCCAGAUGCAUGAAAAACUGCAUUGCGUCCAGAGAUCCAUACUGCGGCUGGACCAGAGGAAGCACCUGCUCACUCCUCAGGCCAGGCACCAGAUUACCUUUCGUGCAGGACGUUGAAUAUGGAAACACCUCACAUCUCGGAGACUGCGACGGUUUGCUACGUGAGAGUUUUAUGGAUGAGCCUGAAAGUCUUGUUACGUUGAAUCUGUUGGUGGUCGCAGCAGUCUCCGCUUUCUCCACUGGGGCAGCGCUCUCAGGCCUGGCAGUGUGCUGGAUCAUGGGCCAAAAACAUCGUCACCGUUCGCACAGCAACACUCCUUCAACCACUAGUCAGCGGAAGAGCGAGAAGGAACGUUGCAUGAUGGGACAAAGCAGGAGCGGCUCCGUGAUGAGCGUAUCCCGGCACAGCGGCACAGACCGGCCACGCUCGCAGGGAGAAACGCUCUUCGUCAUGCCCAAUGGUUGGGUUAAAGCAGGCGACUUGGAUCCAGGUCUACUCCCCACGCCCGAGCAAACUCCCCUGCAGCAGAAACGCGGGCUACGCCUGUCUGAUUCUGGAUCCAGUUGGGACCAAAGCCAGACCUUCUUGAGCUCAGUGGGUACCCAGUGUCCACCUCCACCGUCCACCUUGUUUCUCAGCUCUAAACUUCUGCAAGGAACUGGCCGACGCCAUGAGGAAGCCAUCGAGACCGGCAUUGACCGCCAACGCUACGUCUCUCUCUCCAAGUACCGGGAUCAGGGAAUACGCCCAGGCACGCUUCUUCGCAAGUCGGCAGGCGAAUACAACUACCCUAUGACUCCUCAAGACUCCCCUGAUCGGCGGAGAGUGGUGUCAGCACCCAGCACCCAGAUAGAGUACAGCGGGGAGCCUCUUCGCUGGACCCACGAAGGCUACAUCUUCAGCAGUCACGGAAUACCUCCAACGGGCCACCACUACACCCCGGCCUCGCAGCAUCCUGCAGGACUGACCCGCUCCGUGCUCCACGGGUCCCGGGGGCUCAUUGACCUGGCGGACUUCAGCCACCUGCUCGGGAAGGGAGGGAGCGAUCGGACACCGACAGGCCAGUGAAAAGCGAAGAACAAGGAUGCGAACAAGAAUGCGAGGAGAUUGUAGAAACGUGAGCGGUUGAAACCUCAUGUGGACUGCGGAGCGCAACCUGGCCAGCCAUAAGAGCUCUCUCUCUCUGUCUUUUUUACUACUCUCAACGGCUUGUCAUCCUUUUCCUCAUUUGUCUGGAACUGCUUGAAUGAGGAUGAGCCAAAUGGACCUCACUGACUACGAGAAAAGCAGCCAUUCCAGCUGGAAACACCUCUUUCUUCUUUCUAUUUAUCACUCACAAUCACACAGAUGUGUAGACAGAGAUGCUUUGUCCCUUGCUGACUAUGAGUGCAACUCACCAAACUGUAGCCAUCUUGAAGACUAUCUAUUGCUGAAUCUGUUCAGACCUAGACUCUCUUUAGCAGGUUACCCUUUCAGCAGAUUUGUACGUUUGAUAUAACAACUGCAUUUCAUUUGGGAAUUGGGACAGUUGUUCACUUCAAAUACGAGCAAGAACCCAACAGUUCCUUGGAGUAAUGACUCAGUGGUCAACGGUGGUUGUUGUUUCUGGCCGAUACCAAACUCAAAACAAAAUGCUGUGAUUACUGGCGUACAGGACACCCCAUUUACAGCAGUGUAAUUGCUGUAGGAGCUUAUUUGCAGAGAUCAACUGGUGGAAGGGAAAGAUUUGGAAUGAAACUUCAUUCUAGAACAUUUACUACGGAAUUGCUUCUCUCUCUUUUUUUUUUUACAUCAGAGUGAUUACUGAUUGUUUUAGAAGAAUUCUAACUUCUUGUAGCCCAUCAAAUUUAUAUUUUCUUCACAACGCUCAUAGAAGUGUUGUAGUACUCGGGUCUGGACAAGAUCAGACUUAGUUUCAAGUCCAAGUGCAUAUUUUUUUUUGGCUAUUUGAGACCAGCUUGUUCAAGUCCGAGUCCAAAUACUCUAUUAAUUACAGACAAGACUCAAGUAGUACAACACUGGUUUACGGAACAAUGAAUUUAACCUAUUUUAGCAUAUUAAAUGGGAAAAAGGAGAACCAAAUUACAAAGGCAGCCAUAGUACCCAAAAUAACAACACUGUCUGUUUCCAUCAGCAACACUUUUUCCAUUCUAAACGCUUGUGUGUGGCAUCACUACAGGUGGGCGGGGCCCCGUCUCACUGUUCACUUUGCAAGACACUUUGCAGUAUGCCAUUUUCUCUGAUGCAUCGCUUUGACCAAAAUGUACGAAUAGAAAAUGCAAGAUUUUUCCGUUGUAUGCUUGGAAAUCUUUUGUGUUUUUGACUUUGUGUUUGUGUCGAGCGAGCUGAGGCCUUUACCUCAGUAUUACCUCAGCCUUGAAUUCAGACUUUACAAGAGAGAGACAGAGAGAGAGAGAAAACUUUGGUCGGAUGAGUUUCAUGGCCUCAACCACAUGAAUUUCUGUGUUCUGUGUAGCUCUGUGAGUUUUAUCAGAGAAACGAAGCUCUCUGAGAACUUCUGAACACGCUGGAUUCCGAGUCUUUUUUGUCUUUUCGUUUCAUUUCUUUCUUUUUUGUACAGUGAAUUUUUUACACAGUAUGUAAAAUGUAACAUGGAACAGAGAACUGGUAAAUACACCUGCUGUUUUCUAAAAGACACAAUUAGAGACAGAGAAAGACUCUGUCUUGAGGACCUUUGGACUCUUCUUCUCGAAGAUGCCGUUUAACCGUUUCUCCUGGACUCUGAAGGAGGGCAAACGAGAAUGGAAACCCAGGAGGAAUCACAAUGCGAGAACUAAAAGGACUACAGAAUUGAGACAUCAUGUGACUUGAAGCCAGUUAUGUUAUUGGUUGCGUGUUUGUCUGUGAAGUAACCAAUCACUUUGCUUGUCAUGUCCAUCAUAAUACAUUUUGCCUCCUUAUUUGCAUUGGUUUUUAGACUUGGACAUGCUUUUGAAAGUUUUUCAUCAUCAAGGGAUCAUGGAUUGCAUGUUUCCAGUCAUGUAAACUGUCAAAGUGAAAACCCUGUGUCCUUAAGUCAUUGUGACCUUAUAUCAGAAAACUACUAGAGUAUUAUAACCAAAUGUACACAGAAACACUCUCUGGCUCUGUUCCAAACCCUAGCCAGGAAAUUCUAAAGCAGUUUCAUUCAAGAUGUGAGAUAGAGUUUACAUUUAUGCAUUUGGCAGAUACUUUUAUCCAAAGCGACUUGCAUUGCAAUUAAGGUAUAUCAAUUCAUCCAUUCCCUGGGAAUCGAACCCCUGUGAAUUUUAAACAGUAAUAUUAUGAAUAAACAAUUAACUUAACAGCUUGCAACAGUUAGAAAGGUAACUGAGUUCAGUCUUUUUUAAAAUUAAGUAAUGAAAAAUGUACUGUUUUUGAUCUUAUUAAAGUUAGCGAAGUAACAUGCUAUCAUCAGACUAGUGAAAUUAACUUAAAGGCGAAGUCCAGUUCCAGAACAAAAAUUGACAGAUAAUGUACUCACCCCUUGUCAUCCAAGAUGUUCAUGUCUUUCAUUCUUCAGCCGUAAAGAAAUUAUGCUUUUUGAGGAGAACAUUUCUGGAUUUUUCUCCAUAUAAUGGACUGAUAUGGUGCCCCGAUUUUGAACUUCCAAAAUGCAGUUUAAAUGCGGCUUCAAGCGAUCCCAAAUGCAGAUUCUGUACAUACAAAUAAAAACGAAUGAGAAGCAGAGCCUACUUUUUUCCAUUGCGGCUGAGAGGAGAACAUCACUUGAGCUCUAUGUCUUCUUUCCUAUUGGCUGUCGCUCCCGAAAGUCGCUUUUCAUUUGCAUAUAGCUGAACUUUGUCGCAUCACUGAAUGGCCCAUCCAGUCGCUGUAGCUUGAUGUCGCUCUUGUCGCUGGAAAUCACCAUCUCUCCAUUGAAAUGAAUGGGACUGUGUCGCUUUGUUGCUGUCUGUCGCUUGUGGUGUGAACGGGGAUUCACGGUAUGUCGAAAAAUUCCCAUCUCAUGUUCUCCCUCAACUUCAAAAUCGUCUUAUAUCGCUGUUUUACCUUUUUUUGUUGAGGGUGUUUGAUCUUCUUUGAAUGUUCACUUUGCAAAGACUGGGUCGGUACUUCUGCAGCGAUGUAGGAUGAUUUUGAAAUGAUUUUUGAAGUUGAGGGAGAAAAUACGAUUGGAGUUUUUCGACAUACCCUAACCGUCUUGAGUCAGAAUACACAGAGUUCAGGGAGAGCAAGACAAGACGAGCAUUUGAGAUUAAGAAGUAAUUAAAUUGUAUUUUUUUUAAUGAAAAUAACCAAUCGUUUCGAUAGAUAAGACCCUUUUUUUUCACAGCUGGGAUCCUUUACAACCUUUUUGUUCUGGAAGUGAACUUCUCUUUUAAUUUUAAUGAGUCUCCUUAGGUACUGUUGCUGUCCAAAAAGUCUCAACUUCAGCUGCCUCUCUAGGCUUCGGAAAAUACCCUCUUUCUCACCAGCUUCCUCUUUCCGCAUGACCCGCACUCAACUGUCCAUCUCCGCAUAGCCUAGCUUUGUUAUUAAACGUCUAAUAGCAUCAGUCUGUGAGAUAUUGAAAGCAGAUGUCUGAUUAGAUGACUUGCCACACACACUUGAGUACACAGGAAUGCACUUAAUAAUGGUUCUCAUGCACCUGCAAGAUGCCUCUUAUUAAAAGCACGUGCUACUCGCAUCACAUAAGCAUAGUCCUCUAUCCUAGAGAACACGUAUACGCCAUUGCCGAUGCUCUCAGAAAACACACACGCUCCUGCAGUUGUGGGCUACGGUCGGUUGAACAUUGAUUAGCUCAUAAAUCCAGCUGAAAGGAGAGUCAUGCUUGAUUGCGCUGUGUGUGUGUGCGUCACUGUGUUUAUGUGUUUAAAUUACUGUGUGUAUGUAUUUCAUUCUCCUCUCUUCAGCAUUGAAGAUACACCAGGCAGGAAA